AUGCAAGAUGAUUCAGAUGAUGGAGAUGUUUCAUCACAGCCAUUAUCGCCCUAUGUUGGCAUGGUGUUUGACACAUUUAAGGAUGCCCAGAAAUUCUACAAUGACUAUGCCUUCAAGUUGGGAUUCGGCACACAUAUAUCUUCUACAAAGUACAGCCAAAAGAGAGGACAGAAGCAAGAGGAUGCAAUAAUGAUCAAGAGGGUCUUUGGGUGUGUGCACGCUAGAAAGCCCGAUAAACCGGAAACAAGUAGCACCUCAGAGAGCAUUGCGACAGAAAUAAGCAACUCCAGCAGGCGCCCUAGUGCUGAAAUGGAUGUGACAAGAACGCGUCAAAAAAACAGGAUUCUCCAGCGUGUUAGAUACUACCGCUCGCACCGCAAAAUACCUGCUAAAGAUUAUGAACUCUUGUUGACGUUGCAUGAUAUUAACCUGUCAAAUUCAGAUUGCAUGAGUUUGCUUGGCAGGAUACAUGGAGGUGACCCUAGGAUACUGCCGUACGUGAAGAGGGAUGUUGCGAAUGAACGUGCAAAGCUUCGGGAAGCGAUAACACAACAGGACAUGGAUAUGACAGUGAAGUACUUUGAGAGGAGGAAGGCCGAGAAUCCAGAGUUUUUCUUUGCGAAGAAAAAAGAUCCUGCCACGAACUCUGUCACUGCAUUGUUUUGGGUUGAUGGGAGGACAAGGUCGCUGUACCCAAAAUAUAAAGAUUGCGUGUUCUUUGACACAACCUUCUGCACUAACAGAUACAACAUGCCCUUUGGUCCUAUAGUUGGUAUCAACAAUCACCUCCAAACCAUUUCACUCGGGUGUGCUUUGUUGCCGGAUGAGACUAUUGAAACGUUCAAGUGGGUCUUUGAGCAAUGGAUGGUUGCAAUGGACAAUGAGCAUCCAAAGAACAUAAUGACUGACCAAGACCAAGCAAUGGCAACAGCUAUAGAGCAUGUGCUCCCAUAUACUUGCCAUAGGUGUUGCAAGUUUCAUGUGUUUAGCAACGCGCGUUCUAAGUUGGGGAGGCUGCUGAGCAGAAAUGAGGCGUUUGCAGAUGUGUUUUACACUUGUAUCAACAACUCUGAAACGGUUGAAGAAUUUGAGGAAACAUGGCAGCACAUGUUGGAGUGUUUCGAAGUUGCUGAAAACAAACACUUGAAGAACAUGUGGCGAACAAGGCAUAUGUGGGCUCCAGCGUAUUUCAAGAACAAUUUCUUCCCGUUCACAAGCACGACAGGCGGGUCCGAGGGGCUGAACUCAUAUUUCAAGACAAUGAUUCGUCCAGCUGAUUCUGUAUGGAGGUUUGUGCAACAGUAUGAACUGUGCCAGGAAACUGUGCUUGAUCGCGAGGACAAUGCUGGGUUCACUGGUGAAACGACUGCUCCUCCACUAUACUCUCGAUACAACAUUGAGCGCCAAGCUGCUGAUUACUACACACGCAACAUCUUUGGCAAGUUCCAGAAACAAGUGACUGCGUCUACGGGCUACAUUAUCAACCAAGACGCUGAGUACCAAGGGCGAGGCCUCAUGUUCAAUCUAACAUCAAGCUUAUAUGAGAACCCAAAGCUCUUCUCUGUGCGUGUUAUGAUGGAUGAAGGGGUGUUCCAAUGUAGUUGCCACUACUUUGAGAUGAAUGGCCUGGUUUGCGCCCACAUAAUAAGGGUGAUGGUGCACCUCAAUGUGCAAGUUAUUCCACAACAAUACUUGUUGGAAAGGUGGUCUGAAGCAGCAACAACAAGCAUGGCCAGAACUGGGCGAUUGCUGGAAUUUGGGCACCCCUCGACAAACACGCUCAAAUACAACUCCUUGUGCCGAAGGUUGGCAUGGCUCGCCUCUGAUGCAUGUUGCAAUGAUGAUGCAUACAAGAUAUUAUAUGAAGCAAUAAAAGUUCUUGAGCCUGCCAUUGCUGCGGCGAAAAGAGGGGUACUGCCAGAACAACAAGCAACGCAGCACAGUGAACCCCCAACGCAACCUACUCCUACAAUGGGAGCGUUGAAUGAUGGCCUACCACAGCCUCAAAGCACAGAGAUGCUACGAAACCCAGCUCGUUUCCCAAAGAAAGGUCGGCCAACUGAAAGAGAGAAGAGGAAGAAGACUCUGGUGGAGCAGCUAGAUGAUAAGCAGAAGAAGAAGUCAAAACAAGAAGAGAAGAAGCCAAUGGCAGAAGUGAAGCCAAAAUCUGAAAAAAGAAGUAUUCGCUGCAAGUUCUGCAAAGAAGAAGGUCACAACGUGCAGACAUGUGGACCACUAAAAGCUGCAACAGAGGCGGCGACAACACCGCCUACAUGUCAAUUCUACUCCGAGGUGGGGCAUACUGUAACAACUUGUGCAUACUGGAGAGCCAUGAUGACAAAUGAUCCAAGAAAUGCCCAAGCAACGCGACUCAACCUCUAG